GGAAUCCGAUUUAGCUGGGUGUUAAAUAAACUGGGGCCUUUGUUAAUGAGCUGUCAAAGGAGAAACUCAUUACAAAAGGAUUCAUCGGAGACACUCAUGAAUAUUUUGUAAGGGAGGUUUCUUCAGCUGAAUGGACUCGCUGAAUGUUGGUGUGUACUUUGCAGGCGCACCAUCCCCGCCAGGCGGCUGCUGACACAGAAAGAGCACAGAGGAGCAGUUCGGCAGGAGGUGUGCGUCUCCGGAGCAUCUGCUGCUCUCUGCAUGCUCACCGGGGUCUUCUAGCACUUGAUUUUGACUUUUUUCAAGCUCUUUAAUUUCUUUUGCACGGUGUUGUUUUUGCUCGUUUUGAAUGGCAUAACAUUUUUGGUGGGGUAAACGUUUCGAUUACCCUCACAGAAAUGACCGCAAGAGAACCCACUUCGAAUGAGCUCAUGGCUCCAGAUGCAGAAUCCUGCAUUCGAACUUUCAAGGAGCAUAUGCAUUUGGAGCUGGAGCCCCCGAAACUGUCAGGGAAGAGGAGCACGUCUCCGAAAAUCUCACCCCGUAGCUCUCCGAGGAAUUCGCCUCGCCUCUUCCGAAAGUUGCUGGUUAACAAAAGCAUCCGUCAGCGGAGACGCUUCACCGUGGCUCAUACAUGCUUCGAUGUUGAAAAUGGCCCAUCUCCGAGCCGCAGCCCUCUGGACCCUCAGGCGAGCCCCGGCUCCGGCCUCGUCCUGCACACCAACUUCCCUGGGCACAGCCAGCGCCGAGAGUCCUUCCUGUACAGAUCUGACAGUGACUAUGACUUGUCACCCAAGUCCAUGUCGAGGAACUCCUCGAUUGCAAGUGAACUGCACGGGGAUGACCUGAUUGUGACGCCUUUUGCUCAGGUACUCGCAAGUCUGCGCAGCGUAAGAAACAACUUCACCGUUCUGACCAACUUACAUGGAGCCCCUAACAAGAGAUCACCGGCGACAAGUCAGCCUCCCAUCACCAGGGUCAGCCUGCCAGAGGAAUCAUAUCAAAAGCUAGCAAUGGAAACAAUGGAAGAAUUGGACUGGUGUUUGGACCAGCUUGAAACGAUACAGACUUAUCGUUCUGUCAGUGAGAUGGCAUCCAAUAAGUUCAAGAGAAUGCUGAACCGGGAACUGACACACCUGUCAGAAAUGAGCCGUUCUGGCAAUCAAGUCUCGGAGUACAUCUCUAACACCUUCUUAGACAAACAGAACGAUGUGGAAAUCCCAUCACCUACAUCAAAAUGCCGGGAAAAGAAGAAGAAGCAGCAGCUGAUGUCUCAGAUCAGUGGCGUGAAGAAAUUGACUCACAGCUCCAGUCUAAACAACACGAGCAUUUCAAGAUUUGGGGUCAAAACUGAGAGCGAAGAGUUCCUCUCCAAGGAACUGGAAGACCUAAAUAAAUGGGGCCUGAAUAUUUUUAAAGUGUCCGAGUAUUCACAUCACAGACCUCUCACAUGCAUAAUGCAUGCAAUCUUUCAGGAGAGAGACCUACUGAAGACCUUCAAGAUUCCCGUUGACACACUUGUUACCUACAUGAUGACCCUGGAGGAUCACUAUCACUCUGACGUGGCCUAUCACAAUAGUCUUCAUGCUGCUGACGUGGCCCAGUCAACCCACAUUCUUCUGUCAACUCCAGCCCUAGAUGCCGUCUUCACUGACUUGGAGAUUCUUGCUGCACUAUUUGCUGCUGCCAUCCAUGAUGUGGAUCACCCGGGUGUCUCUAAUCAGUUCUUAAUCAACACCAACUCCGAGCUGGCCCUCAUGUACAAUGAUGAGUCUGUCCUGGAAAACCACCACCUGGCUGUGGGCUUCAAACUGCUGCAGGAAGAAAACUGUGACAUCUUCCAGAACCUCAGCAAGAAGCAGCGGCAGUCCCUGAGGAAAAUGGUCAUCGACAUGGUUUUGGCAACUGAUAUGUCCAAACACAUGAGCCUGCUGGCAGACUUGAAGACCAUGGUGGAGACCAAAAAGGUGACGAGUUCAGGGGUACUGCUGCUCGACAACUACACCGAUAGGAUCCAGGUUCUUCGCAACAUGGUGCAUUGUGCCGACCUGAGCAAUCCAACCAAGUCUCUGGAGCUCUACCGCCAGUGGACAGACAGGAUCAUGGAGGAGUUCUUCCACCAGGGAGAUAAAGAAAGGGAGAGAGGGAUGGAAAUCAGCCCAAUGUGUGAUAAACACACCGCCUCGGUUGAAAAGUCACAGGUGGGAUUCAUUGACUACAUCGUUCACCCACUUUGGGAGACCUGGGCAGAUCUGGUCCACCCGGAUGCACAGGACAUCUUGGACACGUUAGAGGACAACAGAAACUGGUAUCAAAGUAUGAUCCCACAGAGCCCAUCGCCCCCAUUUUAUGAGCAAGACAAAGACAAUCAUGGCACCGGAGAAAAAUUUCAAUUUGAACUCACACUAGAGGAGGAAGACUCUGAGGGAGUUGAACGAGAGGAAGACUGUCAAGGGCAGGAUAGUGUCGGCAACGCCGGGUCCCAAAUGGAGUCCAAUGAGUACACGCUCUUGGAGGAACAGCUGGAAGGGACCCUAAUCAAAAUUGUGACAGAAGACGCGUCACCCGUGGACACAUAGUGAUGCAAGAGGAUUUUGAUGGGCGUUCUGUUCGCUGAUUGAAUGAAGGAGCAGCCUUGCACACUGGGUUGUAAAAACAUGAGGCUAACUUUAGCAAGGAGAGGUUUCCUCGCACCCUUGCAUUGGGAGUCGAGGGUUUGGCUGAAGUGAAAAGAGUAGGAGAAGGAGCUCUCAGGAAUUUUCUGCUGAAAAUCGGAACUUGACUCAUUAGCGUUUUUCAAAAAAAAUAAAUAAAUAAAAAUGGAAGAGCUUGGGGCCAACUCGAAAUGUUUACUGAUGCAGCAUGGGAUUGCUGACACUACUGAGAGAUUUUCUACUAAGUGACAGAUCUUUUUGUAAUAGAAUGUUCCAAGAUCGAGUAUGAGCUACUGAAAUGGAGGUAUUUGUAAAAUGAACCAUUUACUUUUUCUGUAACAUCUGUCUGAGGACUUGUGUGCCUUUUUUACAAAGUUGUCUUUUUAAAUUUUUUUUUUAUUUAUUAAAUACAAUUUAAUAUUGAAACUGAAAUUUAAUAUUCAAACAUAGUUCAAAAGCAGUAGUUUUUUUUCUUCUUCUUCUUCUUCUUCUUAGACUAAGAGAAAUGUCUUCCUUCCUCAUGUUGGGCAAUACCCGAGUAUAGAUGACAUGGACAAACUUUCACAGUGUACUGUUUAUUCCAGUCAGAAAGCAACUUCCAUUUUAUUGAUCUACCUUUACUUCUCACCCCUGGCAUAGGCAACAUCUCACUGAUGACAUCAUUUUGGAGAUCCCUGUUUUUUGUUUUUUGCAUAAUUUAUUUGCUUGGCACUGACUUGUUGCCACUAAGAGAUAUCACUUCAUCUUCAGGGUAACGGGACCCAGACAGCCAUUUAAAACUGGGACUUUUAAAAGAUCGAUCCUGAACUCUGCCUUAUCUCAGGUGGGGUGGCGUGGGGCAAGUUACCUUUAAUUCUAAAAUUAGAAUCAAGCCUUCGAUAAAUACUGAAUUCUGUUUGUUCCCACCUAGAUUGAUUAUUAUUAUUAUUUUUGCCAUGUAAAUCUAACACUUAAAUUACGGGUAUGUGAAAUGUUCACCAUGGCAAACGUUUUGAUUUUACUGGCUGUCAUCAUUUCAGCAGAUGGUUUUAAGAAGACCAUUGCUUGUGUCAGUAUAAUAUUGCAAAUCAACGGUUAUGGUGCUGGAGCUGGAUUCUCCUGGGAGGUCCAGUGUCCACCUCCUGAUCCAUUUCUCAAUUUAUAUACAGUAUAUAUUUGUUUUUUAAAUUUUACGCAUCAGUGAACUCCCCAUUUCUAAACCUCCUGUGUGGCAGGUCCACAUGUGACUAAUUUUCCCCUUUAACUUCAGUAACACAAAAAAGAUAAAAGGCUUUCUUUAAAUGUUGCUUUAAGCUUUACGGUGCAGAGUACAGACAAGCCAAAAAAAGAGCGAAAGUCUGGACUUGUCGGUACUUUGGCCUUGAUUGUGUCACACCAGAACACUAAACCUGAACGUGUACCAGCACACUUCUACUGUACGUUAGUCUUCGGAAUAUGUUAUGGUACAGAACUACAGUGGCAAUACGUCCAACUAACAAAUUACCGUUGCGGUGGGGAUGAACACACGAGCCCUUACAAGCCCCCGGCACAUUGAUACACAAGCCUGUUUCCUAUUGGUUGGUUUUAGUAUGUUUUAACCUUUUGAAGCAUACAAUUAAUAAUCGUGCCAUCCUUUGUGUAGCACUGCACCUGAGCUUGUGUUUGUCCAUUGCUGUUUAUAACAGUGUAUUUAUUACUUUGUGUAAAUAAUGUAAUUGUAAAUUAAUUUUAAUUUAUAUGCAUUUACACACUGCCUGAAAGGGGCAGCGUUUAUCUGUAGAAGACUCUGGGUUAGAGUCAUGUUUUCAGCAAGGAUUCUUUUUUUUUUACUGCACAAUAUUAAUAUUAAGGAACCUGAACAGUUGCUGAAAGAGACAUACGGAACCCAUGAAAUGCUCAGACAGGUUACGGAUCUGUAAAAUAUCCUGAAAUGUUAACGAAAGCUGACUACCGGCGAAAUCGAGGGUAGACUCGUGUAAUCUGACUGCAUAUUAAAUUUACUACGGCCUGCUGUGUUGAACAAAACUCAAUUCUGAAUACACGACACAAACUUCACAUAUCCAACUGGCUUUAGAGAUUCUAGAAAGCAAUUCUCGGCUGCCGACACGUUGCGUUACGACGAUUAAAGAUGACACUGACGGCAUGUUUCCGUUUCUCUAAACACCAAUGUGAAUUGAUAUGGACUACAAAAAUGUGAUCUUCUGUAAUUAUUGUGCUAAUGUGAACUCUUUUUCUGACCAAACUUGUUAGCAGUUUUGAAAAUUCGGGAAUGUCAGUAUAACAAUGUAAUCUGUGUUAAAGCUUUUGGUCCAAUUUCUGUCCAAAUGGUUAGUCAGAAUAGCACUAUCUGCAUGACCAAUGGGUUUGUAUGUCUGUUUAACACUGCGUUGUUCCAGGUGGAUAUUUUAAUGUUUUUUCAGACGUUUCACACAAUGUAUGGUAUAGUAUUGUAUAUUGUGUCCAGAAAAUCUUAAAAUACUUUUCUAUGAAGUGAUUAAAUGAAAGCAUGAAUAUAC